AAAGGUCAAAGGCCGGGGGAGGGGCUUCACCAAGGCGGCGUCUGGGCACGCGCUCUGGCUGACAGUUGCCGGGCGCGCGAGGUUCGUUCUCUCGGCCGUUAGCUCCUCGUGUCCGCAGCAGCCGGUCGCGCGCUGGCGCGGGGGAGAGAGCCCAAGAGCGGCGAAGCAAGUAUCCAGCCCAAGCGCAGCCUCGCAGGGCUGCUCCGGCGCGGCUUCUCCUCGCCUUCCUCUCUCCGGCCUGGCCAGCCCCUGCUUCGGGGCGCUGAGCAGAAUGGGCCGGCCGAGGAGAGGCGUGGGCAAGGAGACACCGCCCCCCAAUCCCGUCGCCGGCGGCAGCAGCAGCCGUGGAGGUGCCGCUCCUCCUCCAUCCCCUCCUCCGCCACCCCAGGCAGAGAAGCGGCAGGGCCUGACCGGAGGCGGGGAGCCCGAGAGAAGCCCCAGCCGUGCGGCAGCCCUCGACAACGUCCGCGGGCUGCAGCAAUCGCUGGGGAGGCAGCUUCCCGGCGGGGCCUCGUGCGCGAUGAAGACGGGAGGAGCUGCUAAGAAAGGAGCUAAGAAUGAGAGCCAAAGGCAGGAGAAGUGGGACCGCUUCACCCACGAGCUCCGCGAGUGGCGAGACUGGCUGCGAGCUUCUAUGAAAGAAACAGGAGUCUUCAUCGCAAGAGCAGAUAGCAAGAUAUGGCUUACACUUAUAAUGGCUACAGUUGCAGGGAUUCUUCACUGGUGCCACAUAACAACUCUCUUUGAAAAUGACCGUCACUUUUCUCAUCUUUCAACUCUUGAAAGAGAAAUGGCUUUUCGAACUGAAAUGGGUCUAUAUUAUUCUUAUUUCAAGACCAUCACUGAGGCACCAUCCUUUUGGAAGGGAGUCUGGAUGAUUAUGAAUGACAAGCUAACUGAAUAUCCUCUUGUAAUCAACACACUGAAAAGGUUUAAUCUAUAUCCAGAGGUUGUGCUAGCCAGUUGGUACCGCUUAUACACAGGGACAAUGAAUGUGAUUGGUAUUCCAACAAAGACAUGUUGGACAGUGAAUAGAGGAGAAGGUCUCAGCCCUGUUGAAAGCUGUGAAGGGCUGGGAGAUCCUGCUUCUUUUUACGUGGCUAUGAUAUUUCUUCUGAAUGGAUUAAUGGUGUCAGUAUUCUUCCUAUACGGCACAUAUCUAAGGACCCAUGUUGGAUGCCUUUGCGUAUGUGCUUUGGAGGUGGCUGCUGCUGUUUUUCAUUGGAGAAGGCAUGUACGGGAAGCAAGCAUCUUUUUGGGUGGGAACAGGUUUGGAGGACUACUUACAGUGGCAUGCUACUUUUUCAACCAUGGAGAGAGUACUCGUGUGAUGUGGACUCCCCCUCUUCGUGAAAGCUUUUCAUAUCCAUUCCUUGUGGUUCAGAUGCUGUUACUAACCUACAUUCUCAGGACUCAGAAUGUUAAUAGAAGAGCCCUGAUUGCACUGUCUGUUUCUAAUGUUUUUUUCAUGCUUCCAUGGCAGUUUGCUCAGUUUGUUCUUCUAACACAGGUGGCAUCGGUUUUUGGUAUAUAUAUUUUAGGAUUCAUUGAUUCAUCCAAACUGCAGAAGAUACUAUAUGCACAUAUGGCAUCACUUGGAGUAUGUUUUGUCCUUAUGUUUGGAAACUCUAUGUUGCUGACAUCCUAUUAUGCUGCCUUUUUGGUAGUUAGUUGGAGUAUUCUUGAACUGGGUCCAAAAUACAUCCUGAAAAUGCGUAGAAGAGGUAUCAGUGUGUGGGCUAUUCAAGGAUUUUCUUGCCUUUUGGGGACAAUUACCUUGAAGUUCUUGAUGUGUCUAAUAUUUGGAGUAUCUGAUGAUGCUCAUAUAAGCAACCUUUUAAAGGCAAAACUUACCGGUUAUAGGGAUUUUGAUACUUCAAUGUACACCUGUGCUGUGGAGUUUGACUUCAUGGAAAAAGAGACUCCAGUACAGUACAUGAAGACACUGCUGCUUCCAGUUGUUCUUGCCGUUUUUUCAGUAAUUGUUCUGAAGGCAUUUCAAUACGUUGUGUGUCACAAGGAAUUCCCUGAAAGACAGGAGGAUUAUUUUAAUCAUGGAGAGAUAGUAUACCAUGCACUGCAGCUCAUAUUUUUUACUGUUCUUGCUAUUUUAAUUAUGAGACUAAAGCUGUUUCUGACACCUCAUAUGUGCAUCAUGGCAUCCUUAAUAUGUUCAAAGCAACUGUUCGGAUGGCUCUUUAUUAAAAUCCAGCCUGGAACACUUGUACUUGCAAUUUUAGCAAUGAUGGCAUUUGAAGGAAUAGCAAACCUUCAAAAGGAAUGGAGCAUUGUGGGAGAAUUUAGCAACCUUCCCCAGGAAGAACUGUUGUUGUGGAUAAAAGAAAACACCAAACAAGACGCUGUUUUUGCGGGUGCAAUGCCUACAAUGGCAAGUGUGAAGUUGUCUGCUCUUCGACCUAUUGUGAACCAUCCUCAUUAUGAAGAUGCAGGGUUACGGGCAAGAACAAAAAUAGUUUAUUCCAUGUAUAGCAGAAAACCAGCAAAAGAUGUUAAAAGGGAAUUGCUGAAGUUGGGAGUAAAUUACUACAUUUUAGAAGAUUCUUGGUGCCUAAGAAGAACUAAGUCUGGCUGCAGCAUGCCAGAAAUUUGGGAUAUAGAAGAUCUUGCUAAUGUCGGAAAAGUUCCCUUAUGCAACCUCAUGAGCAUGGAUUCCAGGCCAUACUUCAGAACAGUGUUCAACAAUAAUAUAUUCAAAGUAUUAGAAGUUACCAGAGAAUGACUCUUCAGUGCAACACAUUUUCUGACAGUGUAAUUUUUUAAAAAUGAACUGGCUACUAUUUACAAGAGAGCUCAAUUCCAAGCUGAUUAAAACUAACAGGAGUUUUGACAUUCACUUUAAUAGAUUGCACCAUUAGGCUUAAGCUGCAUUCUAGAGAAUUCCAUGCUCAGGAGGUUCCUUUGUCAGUUGUAGCAACUGAUGCUCCAUGUCUGCAUAGGCUCUAUCCCUUUUCUGUAUUUAAAGUAGAGUAGCCCAACAUGUGCCAUAGGACUACUUCACUGGAUCAGCCUUAAAUGGUGAGUCCAACCUUACUUAUUUGGAAGUACAUUCCACUGAAAUAAAUGAUAAUGUCUUCUGAAAUAAAUAUGUUUAGAACUGAAGUACUGGUAUGCCAAGAAAACAAUAUAUUGAAGGGAAUGGGGAAUGCUUAAACUUAACAUGAGGACAUUUUAAAAAUAUCCUGAGUCUCAAACUUGGGUCAGUUCUUUAAAAUUUGCUAUGCAAAUAUUUAUGUGUUUAAACAAUUUUUAAUACAUACUGAUCCAAAACAAGUGAGCAGAAAUGGCUACAGAAAAGAAUGCAAGGUUUCAAAAUCAGUGAAAUUGUGAAGACCAGCCUUUCCUAGUACAGUCAGUGCAUCUUUAAACUCUGAAUAGCUAGAAAUUAACAAAUGGUGGUACAGUAUUUAAGAUUUGAUACACAGCCACCACAUUAUAUUGUUAACCCCACUCGCACAGCAUGCUUCUCAUAUUGCACCUUUUAAGAAUAUGUAUAUUUUUGAAGGAAUUUGAUAGUUUCCACUAUCCCAUUUAUGUUCAGGUGGCUGGCUGUUUUAUGAAAACUAAAGAAAAACCACAAAUAUUUUAGGUCAUUUUAGAGCUAGGUAAUGUGUUUAAGCUUUUAUUCUACAUGUAAUUUUUUCUGAAUGACUUUGGAUUUCAUAUUGUAGAUGGAGAAUGUAUACAAUACAGAUUCUUCAAUCUUCCUUUAUAUAAGCAGUUGCCAAAAUCAGACCACUGAAACUCAUGUUUAGUAAGCUGUAUUUUUGCUAAGAACUGUUGACAUGGUUUGAUAUCACCAAAGUAGACAAAGCUAACAAAUUUUGCACAUAUGAAACUUUAGCAAGGAAAAUGUUUUCAGGAAAACCUUUUUAUUCUUUGGCCUUAAUUUAGUAAUAGAACAUAUUUUGCCUACCUUGUAGAGAGUCUAAAUAAAUAGGAAAUCACAUUUGUUCCCUAAAGAAAAAAAUGUAACCACCAGAGCAGUGUAAAAUAUAUCUGAACUAAGCUCAUUUCAUUUUUGUGACCCCAACAUACAUCUUAGAAUAGUUAUUUUAACCCUGUAACAGGGAGGCAGUAGUGGCAAAUAUUAAAUAAACUGCAACAGUAUUCUUUUGUCUGUUAAAAUAGUCAACUAUUUUGGUUGCUGCUCUUAGUGAGACUCUGUUGAUGAUGCAUAGCUGAAUUUCAGACAAGAACUUAUUUUCUUGAUUGUUAGAGCAAUCAUAUGGGGGUAGGGUGGGGUAACAUCCUGCCAAAAAGACUAUAUGAAUUCUGUUUAUGCAACAGCUACAAAACAUCAUCUAGAUGGGAACCAUCUGGAAAUUUGUUCAGCUAUCUGUACUGUAACUUCUGUACUUCGGUCACAGCUUUUGCUGUGACUUAACAGUACUACAUUCUGUACCAAGAAGCAUAAUUUAUGACCUAGAGUAGUAAACUGGAUUUUAAGAUAGUGGUAUAAGAAAAAUUAACCUUAGUUUGGUUGUGUCUCAGAUUUGUUCAAGGUGAGUGAUAGGUAAAGAAACAGUUUUAACUGAAAACUUAAGCAAAAAGUUUCCUAUUUGUUAGACUGAACUACUAACAAGGAUUGGGCAGUGGAAAAUUAACAUUCAAGAAACAAGAAAGUGGUAUCUUUAUUUUGUAAUUAAAUUGUAUUGCAGCACAAAAAUACUGUAUUUUUAUGGGGGGUUUGCCAAUUGUUGAUGUUUGUGGUUAAAAUAAAAGCUUUGUUCAUA